AUGUGAAAUUAGGGCAAAAUCUGAUAGCAGAAUUCUGGAUCCUUCUAAAAGCGCAUUGUAAUUUUCCUUUUCCUACCGUGAUUUAUAUUUGGGUCACCAAGUUCUAGACGCUUCCGAACACGGAAGCCUCCAGAGAUCCCUUCCAUCAAGACCCUAUAUUUUUCUCGCUCAACUUUCCUCCAUUUUCCCAUUACUUUCUCUCUCAACCCUAGGACGCCCAAGCUUCCAAGCUCCGUCCUUUAAUAGGUCUCUAUUUUGCUGGUUCUUUUCUGAAUCCAAGAUUCGUCAAUGGCCAAAUUCGGAGAAGGCGACAGUCGGUGGAUCGUAGAGGACAGACCAGAUGGAGCCAACGUCCACAACUGGCAUUGGGCCGAGACCAAUUGCCUUGAAUGGUCCAGAAACCAACUCACCAUGCUCCUCUCCAACCUUACCAUCCUCGACGGUGAAGGCAAUCUCUUCGUCAAGACCAAGAACGUCGAGAAGGUCGACGGCGAGGCUUAUGUCAACGUACGGAAGGGGAAGAUCAUUCCCGGAUACGAAAUAAGCGUUUCGAUCUCUUGGGAAGGCGAGGCUAAGGACCCAGAUGGUAAAUCUUUGCUCAAGGUUGAUGGGGUUGUGGAAAUUCCAUAUAUCGCCGAUGAGAACGCUGAUGAGGACCCGGAACUUAGAAUUACAGUGAAGGAUGAGGGACCCAUUGGGAAGAGAUUGAAGGAGGCUAUGGUGGCCAAAGGGAAGCCAUUGAUUUUGGAGAAGGUUAAGCUUUAUGUGCAGAGCAUGGCGAAAGGUGGGCCUGCUAAGGAGGAGUUGGAGGUUAAGAAGGUUGGAACGAAGAGUAGUCAGGCUGCAACUGCUCCGGUGGCUAAAAAGGAAGCUCCGGUGGAAAAGAAGGAGGUUAAGAAAGAGACCAAGAAGGAAGAAAAGAAGGGGUUUAAGUCGAUAUCGAUUACAGAGAAGUUUAGCUGCAGAGCAAGGGAUAUGUAUGAGAUACUUAUGGAUGAGAAUAGAUGGAAAGGUUUUACGCAGAGCAAUGCGAAGAUAAGCAAGGAGGUUGGUGGGGAGUUCGCCAUUUUUGAUGGGUCGGUGAUUGGUAAGAAUGUGGAGUUGCAGGAUGGGAAAUUGAUCGUGCAAAAAUGGCGAUUUGGGAACUGGCCAGAUGGGAUUUAUUCGACGGUGAGACUUUCCCUCGAUGAGCCUGAACCCGGAGUCACCAUUGUUAAGCUCACGCAUACCGACAUACCUGAGGAAGACAGGUACGGCAAUUCCACUGUUGCAGAGAAUACAGAGAGAGGAUGGCGGGAUUUAAUUUUCCACAAGAUACGGGCUGUUUUUGGUUUUGGAAUUUGAGAUUUUUAGACAGUUACCUUGAAAAUGUAGAAUUUAGAUACCUAACAUCUCAUCAAUGAAGCAUGAAUUUGAAUGUUGGGGGAUUUUUAUACUGUUUUGCAUGUUUGUGUACUGUCAUUGACAAGCUGGUCAAGUUGAUUGGUUUGUCUUUAAAACUGGGUCAUCACUCUCGCACGUUAUCAAUAACCAUAUCAUUGAUCUUAUCAUGUCUUUGCUAAAGAUGAUAAUGUAUAUGGUGGAUUUUAUCUCGUUCGAUCA